UUAUUGAAGGCUAUUUGAAUAAUGAAUAAUUUAAGACAUUUGAAGAAGAGAAAUACGCUACAAGAUAGUCAUUUGUUCAGGAGAAUUUUGAUCCCAGACCAUGACCCUCAGAAUUCAAGUAUUGUUGGAGAAAAGCAAGAACCUCAAGGAAAUAAGUCAGAUCCUUCAAUCUCAAAUAGAGUCUUACAAGCAGCUAUUUCCAAGUUUAGAAAACUCAGUGAAAGUGAAGGUGAAGACAUCGAAGCUCAAAUAAAUGAUAAAGAGGAACAGAUCUACGGAAUGGUGAGGCUAGGGCAAAGCCUUGCCUUCAAAAUUCUCAAGAGCUUCACCGAAACUCUUGUGAUGCUUUUGCUUGGCGCUUACUUCUUGUUGAUGUACUACCUUGACAAAGAUGAUAAGUUUAGAUACGCACUUGUCCCUCAGAUGGCUCUUCAGUUCGCUCUACUCCUGAUGGUGGCUGUUCCCCAAAUUGGGAUAAAUGGCUUGAAGAUGUUCUUUAGGAAUCGAUACCUGGUCGUAGAAUGCUCGGUGAUUGUGCUCACGCUAAUCUUCGAUAUCUAUGAAGUCUCACAAAGCUUUGCAGAGCGCGUCCACAUCCUUGUAGGCUUUGGAAGGGUCAUGAGACUAGUGUUGUUCUCAGUGCUUAUAACUGAGGUGGAGCAAGCAUUGGUCGAUAACUGAGGAAGAAAUCGAAGAUCUGAUAUUUCUGCUAUUGAAGAACAAGAGAAUUUAGAUAAUCUGUUAAAAUCUCUCUACGAAAGAUGUUGUUCUAGAGAAAAGUUGAUAAAAGCUGGGCUGAAAAGGAGCGUUGAUCUCUGAGAAAAGUACAAGAACAAACUCAUUGCAAAAAGUUAUCAGGAUGAUAGUUCUUCAGAGACAGAUGAAGAAGAUUCUGAUUCAAUAGAGGCACAUGAAAUCAAAAUGAGAGAAAUCAGCGAAACAUUGCAUAUUCUAAAUUCCAAAGAAGAGAAGUACUUCCAAGAAGGAUUCGACUUCGCCACAAUGGAAUCUCAGUACACUCUCAAAAUGGUUCUUGAGUCUGCUAAAGACUUAGAGUUCGACGUCUUCGAGCUCCAAACCAAAUCUGUUGAGAACGAAAUGUACAUCUUUGGCAUGCAUAUCAUGACUAAAGAUAAGUACAUGGACGAGUUCAAGAUCAGCACGAAGAGGAUGCAGAACUAUUUGUAUGCGUUGCAGAGCAGCUACAACCAGAUUGCUUACCACAACAAGACACACGCCACCGAUCUUUCCCAAACUUGUUAUUAUUAUAUGCACACCUGCCACAUGAUUGAUAUCUGAAAGUUAUCUAGAGUCGAACAGAUGGCUAUGCUUUUGGCUGGAUUCAUGCAUGAUACGGAUCACCCUGGUUUUAAUAAUGCUUACAUGGUAAACACCUCUUCUCCCCUUGCCAUCAGAUACAAUGACAAGGCAGUCCUAGAGAACUAUCAUGCUGCGAUGGGAUUUAAGAUUAUGAAAGGAAAUAGACAGUGCAAUAUUUUCGAUAAUUUGAGCAAAGAUCAAUUUCGCGAUUUCAGGACCUUAAUCGUCGAUUUUGUUCUCUCAACAGAUGUGGCCGGGCAUUUUCCUAAAAUGAAUCAGAUGGGUGUGAGAACCUCUGAAAGCGACUUUGACCCUUCAGGCAAAGAUAAGAAGCUCUCGACCGAAUUCUUAUUUCAUAUGGCUGAUGUUAGCAAUCCCACUAAACCUUGGUCUAUUUGUAAAAAGUGGGCAGACCUCCUCUUUUUUGAAUUCUUUGACCAAGGAGAUAAAGAAAGAGAACUUGGAAUGGAGAUAUCCUUUCUAAUGGAUAGGACUACUACAAAUGUUGCUAAGGCUCAAGAUGGCUUCAUUAAGAACAUGAUACGUCCUGCAUUUUGAAUUCUUGAGAAGGUCUUACCUGAGUUAUCUCUGAAUUUAAAAUAUAUGGAUGAAAAUAUUGACAAAUGGGCUAAGAAAGUUGACCAAUACUCGGUUGAUCACCACUCACACAUGCAGACUAAGGAUAUUAAAGCUCAAGAAGAAGAGGAAGAAGAAAAGGUACAAAAACCAAAAAUUAGUGAGACUUCUAUCUUACAAGUUGAGUCAUCUCCUCGGUUCAAUUAUAAGAUAUCGUCGGCAAGAAUGAGUCAAAUUCAUCACAAACCAGGACUGCUGGCACAAAUCCAAGAUGUGCAAUAAAAUGAUUUAAUAACCAUGAAUUCAUAGUUACAAAAAUAAC